UCAAAAACGCUAUUGAUGCUUACUUAAGUUAAACUUUGAAUACAUAAAACAAUAUUUUAAAUGGUGUUACACCAUAAUUAACACUAAAAUGGAGCUAAUUUAUUCCAUGAGACGUAAACCUUUAAAAUGUGAACCGCCCCACUUCGACAUCACAACAGAUCCAGAAAUAAUAAGGCCGAUUUGUACAAUAUCCACAUGCAAUAUAAUCGCUUUCACAUCGUUAACGGAACUCUCCGACUGUGAUGGGGACACUUGGGGAGGUCACGUGUAUGUUUGUGAUCUGGACACACCGUGGGAUAGUCAUAAAGUUACUAGCACUGUACAUCCUGUGUCAGCUUUAGAAUGGGAUGGUGAAGGAAAGCAGUUAUUGGUAGCAACAACAGUCGGAGAGGUGUCUGUGUAUGGACAGAAGGAUUUUCUGCUCAACGAAUGGAUGUGUUUGUACACGGCUACUUUUCCAGGUGAACAUAUAAUUAAGGCAACAUUUUUUCACAACGGUCGAAGAGUUUUAGCGUUAGAAAAGAAACCAGAUGCUCCGGUUAGUGAAAGAAUCCAAAUCCUGAGAUCUACACCGACUUUAAAAGGCUUUGGAGGUGUCGCGUGUCGCGGUGCGUGCGUCAUAUCGAGCACAGGGCUGGUGGGCGCGCUGCAGGCGGGCGAGGGGACUCGCGCACAGGUCGCCAGCGACUGCCUCCGUUCGCCGCGAGACCACAUCUGUGCCGCUUCCAUCGCGCAUAAGAACGGCAACCUGCUGGCGGCGGCGGCGUGGCGGCGCGGCUCCAAGCGCGGCGUGCGCUGCGCGGUGGUGUCCGUGCUGCGCUCCGGCUCGGCGCGCGCGGCGCCGCUGGCCGUGCAGCUCACGCCGCUGCCCACCGUGUACCUGCUGGACGACGACGUCUCGCCCGUGUCAUUGUGUUGGUGGCUCCGGGACGAUACUGACGCUCUUCUCAUCGCUGGGAACAAUUUGACGCUCUGGAAACUCACGGAGCGAUCCUUUCCGGUACACAAGCUGCUGUCGAAAGGUCCAGUUCAAGGUAGCACGACGCCCGGUGGUGGACCUAAAACUUUGGAUUGUUUUAAUACCGUUUCGUGGCAGCAGACGGCGGUGUGGCCGCUGGAGGGAGGGGAGAGCGCCACGCACGUGUGCGCCGCGCGCCUGCCCCCCGCCGCGCACGCCGUGCUCGCCACCCCGCGCGCGCUGCACCUGCUGCCGCGCGACACGCACCACUACCUGGUUUCCCGGCCAAUCGUAUCAAACGGAGCUUCUGCGCCGGAAAUUGCGGCCGGCGCGGGGACUCCUCCCAAGAAGACAAAGUACGGCCCCGGACUAGCGCCGGUGAGUGGGGCUCCAACCUGGAAGCCGAAGACAGAGACACAUCUGAGCGGUGGGGCUGCCACCGUGUGGUGCGUGGAGAUGUCGGCGCUGGGCAGCGUGGCCGUGGCGCUGGACUCCCGCUCGCAGCUGCACGUGUACAAGUUGCUGCAGCCCGCGCCCGACGUGCCGACUCCGCUGUCGGUGCAGCACGUAACGUCACUGCUAGAGUACUCCAUGGUCUCAGGGUACGACUGCCUUGACGUACUGAUGACUCUUAAACCAAAUAUCGUUGAAGCUGUGUACGAGAGAUUAACGGAUAAUUUUCAAAGACAAGCGCAGUCGUUCCAACAGUAUUACUAUCACAGCUGGCUUAAACUUAGAAUUUCUUUAUGCAGCCUUUCGGGCGCGUGGCAAAGCAGCGCGGCGGCGCUGUCGGCGCUGCAGCUGUGCAGCGCUGCGUGGGCGGCCUGCGCCAGCGCGUUGCGCGACGACAAGCCCGACGCGCUUGCCGCGCUCGCCGCGCUGCUGGACGACCACGCGCCGCCCGACCACGACAAGAAUCUCCUUGCAUUAGAAGCUAAAAUGGAUCUGACAAGCGAGGGGACGCUUCAAGCGUUACAGCCGCUGCAAGCUCUUAGGCGUCCGUUGCAGCGAGCUCUGCACACGGCGCUCACGGCGCUGGCGGCGAUGCAGCCGUCUAAUUUGCAUCAGAUGCAACAUCAACAUGGGUAUGAGUUGUGGUGCGCGGCGGGCUCGGCGGGCUCGCAGCGGCGGCUGGUGGUGCUGGCGCGCGCGUGCGGCCGGGGGGGUGACGCGCUGGGCCGGGCGCUGUCCAGGCUCUCCAUGCCGCACAAGCCGGACCUGUUGGAGGAGUGUGCGCUGCUGUGCGCGCAGACGCCGGCGCGCGUUUGGGACGCGCUACCGCGCUGCUGCGUCGCGGCGCCGCACGGGCGUGCCUGGCCGCUGUUCUUUGAGUAUGGCGUCGAGCCAAAAUCAUUACGUUACGUGCCUGAGCCUCCCCCGUUCGCCCAGUCCGAUAUAACACCGUCGUUAGAUAUGGAUUCGAUAAGGUACAUGUAUCUGGGUGGGGGGAGACGUGCAGCGCGCUGGCGGCAGUGCGGGCGAUGCGGAGCGCGAGCGUUAGCCGCCGCACAGCCGUCACGACAUCCGUUGCAGAGGGCGUACGAUGGACGAUUCGUGGCUGCAUGCAGAUGUGGUGGAAAGUGGACCCUGGUUUCCAACGUAUAAAACUAAAAUAGUCUUAAGUUAGUUCUUGUAAAU